GUGUCAGUGUGUGUUCUGCUACCUGCUGUGGUUGUUUAUGGAUGUAGCCUGCUGCAGGCCUACAAUUGUGUUUAUAGUUGUGUUGUGAGUUCAAUGUUCGAUUAUGGAGGACAGCACAGAAUCAGCAGCAGAAACGACAGUAGAGUCGGAGGAUUCAGAACUCACCAAGGCACCGCAUAGGGGUGAAGAGAUUAUGAAAGGGUUCCAGGUUAACUGGAUGGUAUUAAGAGAUGCUGACACUGGAAAAAUUCUGUGGCAAGGCUAUCAAGAUUUAUCAGUACCAGAUGUCGAACAUGAAGCACGAGUUCCAAAGAAGAUCCUAAAGUGCCGAGCAGUCUCAAGAGAAAUAAAUUUUUCAUCUGCGGAAGCAAUGGAGAAGUUUAGAUUAGAACAGAAAGUGCUAUUUAAGGGACGAUGCCUAGAAGAAUGGUUUUUUGAGUUUGGAUAUGUUAUCCCGAAUUCUACCAAUACAUGGCAGUCUAUGUUUGAAGCAGCUCCUGAGUCACAGAUGAUGCCUGCUAACGUGCUGAAUGGCAACGUGGUCAUUGAAACGAAGUUCUUUGAUGAUGAUAUGCUUGUGUCAACUUCAAAAGUUCGCCUGUACUAUGUAUGAAACGUUGUACAUCGUGAUAUUACAAAGUGUGAGGUUACUAUGAGGCACUUUUUGAUGAGUUGUGGAAGAUGUGCAAAGCAACAAUUCCUCUUGAUUAUGGAUUUUAAAAAUAGACAGGUAUCAGAGAAAAGUGAACUUUCUCUUUCAGAUACUGUGAUUGUAUACAUUAUAGAUGAUAGUAAGAAGAACCAUCCACUAUUUUAUAUACACGUAUAAAUAUAUGUAUUUCAGUGAUCUCUUGUAACUUCAGUGCUUGUGCUAUUUGCAGUAAUUGUAAAACAUAAAUGGUCAAGCAGAACUCUGUCCUUACAUGAGACACAAUUUGUGUUUGCAUCACUUCUCGGGGUAACAGAGGUUAGGUGCUUCUGUUGUUCAAAAGACAAAUACUGCAUAAGACACACUGGGGUACUAAUCCAUUGCUUUGGAUCUAUAAUGCAAGUAAUUACCUUAGGAAGUGAGGGGUGUGAACAGUUACCAACAAUUUGUGAUUCCAGACACAAUGGUACUGCAAACUAAAACCUUAUUACAAUGUGUUGGGAACAUCAUAAUAAAGGAUUUUAUUGUAUUUACUUUCAUAUGUGAAUGGAAGAAAAUAAUAUGAAUGAAAUUGUUGAUGCCAGUUUCCUUCAAGUUGACCUUCCAACCUUUAAUGUUGUUAGGGAUGAAUAGACACAACGUGCAGUAAAUUCUCAGACUCACUGUGAGAAGAACUAACUGUUAAGGUAAAUUUUUAUGCUGCUCCCCUGAAAAUCAACAUGCUGCACAGUGUGAGAAAAUGAAACCACAGGCCCAGCUGUGACACUUUAAACAUUUGGUAUUGAAUGCUUCCUGUGCGUGGGCUUCUCUGGAUCAAACUUAGUGUGCAACAUCUCUUUCGGUUUAAAAUCUUGUACAGCAUUCUCAUGUUAAAAAUGAAAUUCACAUUUUUUUUUAUUAAUUCCACCCCCCACUCCCUCCCAGAAUGUUUUCAUCCUGCUUCUUCAGUUGUGUGAUUUGGUAUCUUACUAAACCAGUUGGAUGCAGGAAUGUGGUUCAUUUCGAAGAUGAAUUGGUCCUUAAUUUUGAAUGACACAGAGCUGUUUAACAAGAUUUCAUGUGUGUCAACAGUCAACCAUGUAACAAAUGUAAAAGGAAGAUUAAACUUAUCACAGGAUUUUCUUAAUGUA